CUGACCGGGGCUCCGGGAGCUCCGGGAGCACGGGGAGCCGGAGAACCGAGAGGAGGAGGAGGAGGAAGAGAGCGGCGGUGCCCGGUUCUGAGCGGGGCUCCGGCGGUUCCGGCGGUUCCGGGAGCCGCCCGGUGCCUGCUGCGCGCGGCCGUGGCCGUCGGGAGCCUCUCGCCGCCGCUCGCCCGCGGGGCCGGGCCGGGCCCGGGGGCCGCGCUCCGCUCCGGUGCUCUGUGCUGUGUCCCGCCGUGUCCCCCCCGGUCCCCCGGGCUGUGUCCCCCCGGGUCCCCCCGGCCCCGCCGCGCGGAGCCGCCGCCACCGCCCCGGGGCCCGCGGGGGGACAGCGGGGGAGGCCUGAGAGCGGCGAGGCGGCGAAAUCCCGGUACGGCUGGAACACCCCGGUACCGGGGGCGCGGCGCGAGUUAUCCCGGUGCGGCUGGAGCAUCCUGAAACCUCCCAGGCUCACCGGAGGGAGUUAUCCCGGUUUUCCAUGGGCACCGGGGGCAGUUAUCCCGAUUUUCCAGGGGCACCGGGAGCAGUUAUCCCCGUUUUCCAUGGACACCGGGGGCAGUUACCCCGGUUUUUCAUGGGCACGGCUGGGAGUUAUCCCGGUUUAUUGGAGCAUCUCGGUUUUCCAUGGGCACCGGGGGCAGUUAUCCCGGUUUUCCAUGGACACCGGGAGCAGUUAUCCCGGUUUUCCAUGGACACCGAGGGCAGUUAUCCCGAUUUUCCAUGGGCACCGGGGGCAGUUAUCCCGGUUUUCCAUGGGCACCGGGAGCAGUUAUCCCGGUUUUCCAUGGACACCGGGAGCAGUUAUCCCGGUUUAUUGGAGCAUUUCGGUUUUCCAUGGGCACCGGGAGCAGUUAUCCCGGUUUCCAGGGGCACCGGGAGCAGUUAUCCCGGUUUUUUGGAGCAUCCCAAACUCUCCCACACUCCCAGUUUACCCCAGAGACGCCGCGCUCCAGCCUUUGGAUGCUCCGGGAGCCACAUCCCGCUCCGGGAAUUCCUGGAAUUCCCGGGAUCCCCGGGACGAGCCCGAUUCAGCCGUGCCUCAGCCGUGCUCCGCCGCUCCCCCCGAUCCCGAAUCCCGGAUCCCGGAGAUCCUUCCCAGGAGUCCCGCAGCUGGGAAUGGGGGCGCGUUUCCCGGGAAUGCCGUGCAUGGGCAGCGUUUCUUGCACUAAAUCCCAGCCCCGAUCCCGCCGCCGGUGCCGCUUCUCCCAAAUCCCAAAUCCCAGCGGGACAUUCCCGGCUCCAGCUCCGAAUUCCCUGGAAUUCUGUCGCAAUAAAGGGCGGGACAAGGAGGGGACACGGGGAGGGACAAUGCGGGAGGGGGUGGGAGCCGCUUCGCUGCUGCCGCGGGAAGGAAUUCCGGGAUUCCCGGGAUUCCCGAGAUUCCCGGGAUCGGCUUUUCCAGCGGGAUCCCUGCUGGGAAUGCGCUCCCGGGAAUGGGAAUGCGCUCCCUCCUUUCCCUGCUUCGCUUCGCGGGGUUGGUGGCACCUGGGGACAUCCAUUCCCAAGGGGAAAAAUCUGGGAAAAAGAGGAAAAAACCGGGAAAAGGGAGGGGGGUGGUCCCGAGUCUCCUCCUGUCCCCUCUUCCCAAAAAUCAGGUUGGAAUUUUUUUGGGGUUUUUUCCCCCCCUCCUCUUUCAGAGAACCUGUGGAAUUUCGAAGAAUCCAUGGAAUUUCGAAGAAUCCAUGGAAUCUGGGGGUUUGGGUUUUUUUUUGGGAAGUGGGAUCCCAAAUCGAAGCCAUUUUCCAGAGCAAUAAGGGCGGGAAAAUCCGGGAUUGCCAAGGGAAAAGCUCCGUGAUCCCGCUCGGGGGUGGGAAAAAUCCCGGUGGGAUCGGGGAAUUUUGGGAAUUGG